GAUAAAAGGUAGAUAUGCAUUGCCAGAUCACCCUCGGACAAGAAUUGAUUUUUCGCGGGCAAAUAAGGCAGAGUCCCUCGUCUCGCGCACCCCAUCUCGAGCUAUCGCACCAUGAGUGGAGCGUGGAAACCGGUCUUCCUGCCGGCCGACGCGUCGGGCUCCAACCAGCCCAAACCGCUCCGACCGCCGGCCGUUUUCCCUCACCUCACCUCACCCCAACUGACCUGACCUGAACCUGACCCACCGCGGCGCCGGCCCACCCUUCCGGCCUGGCCCAAGCCAGCGCGCCCCGCGCCCCGCGCUGCCCUGCCGACUGCCGAGGGGAGACCCAACCGGAUUCCCCGUCAAAGCACGACUCCCCCACGCCGCCGGCACCGCCGCACCACCAAUCCCAAUCCAAACCAAACCGGAUCCGAUCCCCCUCGCCUCCCUCCAAUCCCGGACGAAUUCGCUCCGAUCCGCGGCGAUGGACGAUGACGAUGACGUCUCCGCCGACGCCUCCCCGUCGCCGGUCUCCUCUCCAGCGGCUUCCGCGCUCCCGGUCGCCGAGCCCGUCACCGUCGCCUCCGCGCCGCCCGGUGGCGUCCUCGCGCUCGCGCUCCCCAUCCAGAGGACCGCGGCGUCCCUGUACGCCAGCGCCGGCGGGGGCGGGGGCGGAGGCGGCGGGAGGGAGGACGCGUGGAGCGAGGGCGCCACCUCCGCGCUCAUCGACGCCUGGGGGGAGCGCUUCGUCGCGCUCGGCCGCGGCAGCCUCCGCCACCCGCAGUGGCAGGAGGUCGCCGACGCCGUCUCCUCCCGCGACGGCUACUCCAAGGCCCCCAAGUCCGACAUCCAGUGUAAGAACCGCAUCGACACGCUCAAGAAGAAGUAUAAGAUCGAGAGGGCCAAGCCGGUCUCGUCCUGGCAGUUCUUCGACCGCCUUGACGCGCUCCUCGCCCCCACCUACGACCAGAAGCCCGCCGCCGCCGUCGCCGACGUUGGGCGCAACCCUAACGGCCGCAAUCCGGUGCCCGCUGCGCUGCGCGUGGGCUUCCCGCAGCGCAGCCGCACGCCGCUGAUGCCCGCGGCAGCCGCGGCGCUCAAGCGGAGGGCGCCGUCCCCUGAGCCGUCGGCGUCGUCCGAGUCCUCCGACGGCUUCCCACCGAUGGCGGCCCUCCCGGCGGCGAACGGGAAGAGGAGGAGGACGGACGAAGGGCGCGGUGACGGUGGCAGCGCGGGCGACCGCACGCAGGGGCUUCGGGAACUGUCACAGGCGAUACGGCGCCUCGGCGAGGCGUACGAGCGCGUGGAGACCGCGAAGCUGGAGCAGGCCGCCGAGAUGGAGCGGCGGCGUAUGGACUUCGCGCGGGAGCUGGAGUCACAGCGCGUGCAGUUCUUCCUCAACACACAAAUGGAGCUCUCGCAGACCAAUAAUCAAGCUUCUCCUGGCACAGCCGGUGCCACCACUGUUGGUGGCGCCUCUAGAAGAAUGUCAACAACUACAGAUGCCGGUGCCAGCAGCAAUCACCACGGCCGGUACCGAAUCAGCCACAGUGACAGGCACCGCCACGCCCAGCGCCCACGUUAUGAGUACCAUGACAAUAAUCUCGCCACUGCUGCAGUUGCCAGCGACGGCGAGCAGUCCGACGAUGAGGAGGAGGACGAAGAAGAAGAGGAGAGCCAGUAAUGGCACUCAAUAUCCGGACAGUGUAUCGGUGAAUCACCAUGGUUCAAGAAUUUGUAUCGGUAUCGCCAUUGAAUUGCAUUGCUCCAAUUUAACUUAUAUAUGUGAACGCGAGAAGAGAUGACUUGGGAAUAGUGGAAUUUGAGCAUCUUAGUAAGUAGUGUUAGCAUUAGAUAGUUGUGAUAAUCUCCCUUCCUUUACCACGUGUUAGUCAAUUCCUUGCUUGUUUCUCCACAUUGCAUCAAUAACAUCUGAUGUCAUCUCAUUUGUGCCAAGAAUUGGUGAAACCAUUGUAUCAAUGCUUGCUCUUUGGAAAAGCAAUCAAUCAAUCGUUAGAGUUGAUGGAA